GAAAAAUAAAAUUUGCUCGCAAGCCCCUGGGGUUCAAGGAACAAACCCACCGAUAGGGUUUAACAAGAAGGUUAGGAGAACAGCCGCCGUCCAGUCGGCCGGAGUUCCUCGCCGCCGAAACCCCCUCCUCCUCCCACCGCCCCGCCAAAUCACCCCUGCGUCGGCCGAAAUCUCGUUCUCUCGCAACCGCCCUCCUCCCCAUCUUCGUCCCCCCCUCCGCCGGCGGCGUGGUCCGGACGCGAUUCCUCUCGCUGUGCCCGUGGUCUGUAGCAGGGGAUUUGUGCGAUGGCCUUUGCUAGCAGGAUGGGGACUGUGCUGAGAAGGGCAUCGGGGUCCUCGAAUUCGUCGCUGCUCCAGGGAGUGAGGUGCAUGUCCUCUUCCAAGCUUUUUGUUGGAGGACUAUCAUAUGCCACAGAUGACCCAACUCUGAGGGAUGCCUUUUCUGGCUAUGGGGAAGUCAUCGAAGCUAGAAUCAUCAUGGACAUGGAGUCUGGCAGGUCAAAGGGCUUUGGAUUUGUUACUUAUGAAUCUACCGAAGCUGCUGCAGCUGCCAUUAGUGCCAUGGAUGGCAAGGAUCUUCAUGGACGAAUGAUAAAGGUAAACUACGCCAGUGAUCGUGCUGGUGGGACACGUGGAGGUGGAUACGGCACUGGUAAUUACGGAGGUGGCGGAUAUGGCGGCGCGGGAUAUGGAAGCAGUGGUGGUGGAUAUGCUGGCAAUGGUGGUGGUUACGGAAGUGGCGGAUAUGGCAGCACGGGAUAUGGAAGUGGCGGUGGUGCAUAUGCUGGCAAUGGUUCUGAUUACGGAAGUGCAGGGCAUGCCAGUGCUGGUGGAUAUGGUAAUGCGGGACAUGGUGGUUACAGUGGUGCUGCAGGUGGCGGUGAGUAUUCUAGCAUCAACAACAAUGUUGUUGCUGCUGGCUAUGGCGACGGUGGCGGAAGCUACAAUAAUGCCAGCAACUCGGGCUAUGGCGGCGGUGGCGGAAUCUACAAUAAUGCCAGCAACUCGGGUGGAAGUGCUGGUGGCUAUGGCGGCGGUGGCGGAAGCUACAAUGAUGCCAGCAACUCACGCGGAAGUGUUGGUAGCUAUGGCAGCGGUGCCGGAAUCUACAAUAGUGCCAGCAACUCGGGUGGAAGUGCUGGUGGCUAUGGCAGCGGUGGCGGAAUCUACAAUAAUGCCAGCAACUCGGGUGGAAGUGCUGGCGGCAGUGGCGGAAGCUACAAUGAUGCUAGCAACUCACGCGGAAGUGCUGGUAGCUAUGGCGGCGGUGGCGGCGGAAUCUACAAUAGUGCCAGCAACUCGGGUGGAAGUGCUGGUGGCCAUGUCGGCGGUGGCGGAUUCUACAAUAAUUCCAGCAACUCGGGUGGCAGUGCUGGUAUCUACGGCGGCGCUGGUGGGUACAGUUCCCCCAACACCUAUGGCACCGGCCACUACAACAGCGGAGCUGGCGGCAAUGUAGUCUUUGGUGAAAGCACUGGCGGUUUCAGCAGUGGGCAUUCUUCUGUUGCUGGUGGCAACAACGGCGGCAACAGCGCUGGUGGGUACAAUCCCCUCAGCACCUAUGGUGCUGGCAACUACAACAGCGGAGCUGGCGGCAAUGCAGUCUUCGGUGAAAAGACUGGCAGUUUCAGCAGUGGGCAUUCUGCUGUUGCUGGUGGCAACAACGGCAGCAACAGCGUUGGUGGGUACAAUUCCCCAAACAGCUUUGGUGCCGGCAACUACAACAGCGGAGCUGGCGGCAAUGCACUCUUCGGCGAAAGCACUGAUCGUUUCAGCAGCGGGCAUUCUACGGUUGCUGGUGGCAACAACAGCGGCAACAGCGCUGGUGGGUACAAUUCCCCAAACACCUUUGGUGCCGGCAACUACAACAGCGGAGCUGGCGGCAAUGCAGUCUUCGGCGAAAGCACUGAUAGUUUCAGCAGCGGUCAUUCUGCGGUUGCUGGUGGCAACAACGGCGGCAACUUUGCUGGCAAUGUGAGCGGCAUCCGCAACUUUGCUGGCAGCCACAAUGGCAGCAGCCAUGCCGGAGGAUUUGGUGGCGCUGAGACCCUUGGAGCUAGCAAGGUGCAGUACAACGGCCAAGACGACCUGCUGGGUGCUGACUACUUCUCCGAGUCGGAGGACCGUCAUGCGGGCAGAAUGGUGCAACGUGCAUAUGCUGGACAGCUUGCCUUCUUUAUACUAGAUGACCCGUUGCGCCCAUGGCGCAAAAAGCAUUGGUGAGCCAAGCAUUGUAAGCAUGUUGUGCACUCAUCUUCAUUGUGAGAACCUGGGGCGUCUCACAUAGCUGAGCACAACACUCUCCCUCCCAACUUAUAUAAGUAUAACUAAUUUCAUACAGUAGUAGUGGGAUUAAUAAACAAAUUCAGUUUCCUUGUUCUCUAAUUUGAACGAAUUGCAUAUAGUAGCAGUAAUCAGACUCCAUAAUUUUUUCUCACAUCUGCAUGGAUGAAGCUUAUCUAAUUUAGGCCUUUGCUAUGUUACUUUGGUAAUGAUUUGCCGUGUGCAUAGCAAUAUUGAUGAUUUGUUA